GCGGCGGGCCGGUCCCGCCAUGGCGGAGCCGGGCUGCGGGGCGCAGUUCCGCGCCGCCGUGCAGGUCAUCCAGGGGCUGCCGCGGAGCGGUGCGUACCGGCCCUCGUACGAGGAGAUGCUGCGCUUCUACAGCUACUACAAGCAGGCGACGGCGGGGCGCUGCCAGGGCCCGCGGCCCGGCUUCUGGGACCCCAUCGGCCGCUACAAGUGGGACGCCUGGCACAGCCUGGGCGCGAUGUCCAAGGAGGAGGCGAUGGCCGCGUACGUGGCGGAGAUGAAGAAGGUGGCCCAGAAGGUCAUCGACACCGUGCCCAUGGACGAGAGCACGGAGGAGAUGUUCCGCUACUUCGAGCCGCUCUACGAGGUGAUCCACGACAUGCCCCGGCCCCCCGAGUCCUUCUUCAAGAGGAAAGGCGAGAGCCGGGGGCAGCAGGAUGGCCCCAGCCAGGACGUGCCAGCAAGCAGCCCAGCUCCAGAGAGCCCCAGAGACAGCGUGCCUGGCCAGCAGCAGCACGUGCCAGGAGCUGGGCUGGCUCCUGCCCCCGAGGGGAGCCAGGUGACGAGUGACUGCGAGGGGGACACGUUCAGUGACACCCUGGAGCAGAUGGAGCCUGAGAAGGCCGGGCAGGCACAGGGGCUCACCCCAAAGGGGGUCCAGGCUGGGGCUGAGCCCCCCGAGCCCCACAGUGCUGGGCAGGGCGAGCGGGGCGAAGGCAGAAGAGCCGAGGGGAGCAGCAGCAGCAGCACAGACCUGCCAGCCCUGGCCUCCGACACAGGUGUCCGGCUGGCCGGGGGGGACCCCGGGAGCAGCCCCGAGCUGGCCCCGGGGCUGGCGGCGGAGCUGGAGGCGCAGGUGGCCGGCGCGGUGCGGGCGCUGCAGGAGGAGCUGCGGCGGGUGCGGGAGCGGCUGAACCGGCUGGAGACGCUCGGUGCUGCCCAGGGGGAGGCAGCUGGGACAGGCCCUGGCCCGGCACUUGCUCCACAGGCCGUGUCCCCGUGGCGCCUGGCCGUGUCCCCGCGCACGCUGCUCUUCCUGGCCGCCUGGCCCUUCGUCACGCAGUGGCUGCUGCGCCACUGGCAGGGCAGGAAGAGGUGACCGCCACCUCCGCCACCGCCACCGCUCCUCGCCCAUCCCGCUUCGCACGGAGCCACGCGGGAAUCGCCUCACCAGCCACGGGCUCUGCGGGCCGGGCCCGCCCGGGACACCGGCCCCGGCCCCCGGCGGCCACCCGCAGCGACACUCGG